CCCAGUUCUUCGAAAUGGCGUUUCCUCAGUUUUACUUCCGGUGGGUUGUUUCUACUUUGGAAGAAACCUAUGGAUUUAGCAUUCCAAGUGGAGAAGAACCAGUUGUGAAGCCUGAACAUGAAGGAUUAACCUUUCCUGUUGAGAAUGAUCUGAAUUCAUUCUUGGUAUGUUGUUCACAACUUGCAGCUCAGUUAGAAGCAGCAGCUAAGGAAGAACGUAAUAUUUUGGAAUCUCUUUUUAAGUGGUUUCAGCGACAGGUCAAUCAGAUGGAAGAGAUAAGUAGAGGUCAAACUUUUUCAGCAGAGUUUCCAGCACCUGAUAAAACAGUCAGUUUAAGCAUUGCACAAAUAGUAAAGCAGAUGCACAAACUUGAAGAACUGAAAAAUCGCCUUAAAGAAAGGUCUAAAUUCACCUUCAAAGACAUGUCAUCUAAACCCAAGGAUAGUGAAAUUCCACCAGAAGAAGUGCAAACUUAUGAAACUGUACUGCAGAAAAUUGAAGAAUUCAUAAAAACACACUCAACUGAAGAAAUUACAGGUGUUUCUGCGACUGAGCCACUAGAAACUUCUACAAUGACUAAUCGAUUGAAUACCAUGUUGAAAAUAUUUGAAAAUCAGGCAAAUAAAUUAAAGAGAGCUAUGAGUGAGCAAGUUUUGUUAGAGGCUAAAAACACACAGAUUCAAAGUGACCUCCAAGUGUUGUCAGAGGAGAAACUGAUGCUGGAAAAUGAACUACAAAAGUUGAAGAGUACAGAGAAACCAAAGGCUACAAGUGAGCGACAAAAGAAAGCUAUGAAAAUGGAGAAGAAAAAAGACGAAGGAAUAUCUGAAGAUUCAGAAGAGAAGAAGUCUGUAGUGAAAGAGCUUAAAGUAAAAGAAGAUAUGCCUCAAGUCCAGGAAGUAGCACAUGCUCUGAAAAUUGAGAACAGAGUUCUUCGGGAACAACUGAAACAAGCUUUACAGGAAGCUGAAAGAGCUAAGGAGCAACUUGCCUAUUUCCAAAAUCAAGAAAUGGAGUUACUUAAAAGUGAGGGAAAGACCAAGACAACAGCAGAAAUGGGUAUUGAUAAAAUAAAAGUUAAAGGUGAAGAUUCAAAAUAUAUACCAUUGGAGAAAGACACAAGAAAAACACUAGUGGCAGAUUCAGGUGGACAAAAAGAAAAUGAUAAAAUUAAACAUCCACAGAUCCUCAAGUCUCAAGAUGGAUCACCUUUUUUAAACACUUCAAAUGAAAUUUUAACUGAUGAAGAUCUGUCCCAUCUACUUUCAUCAAAGACCCAUGAUAAAUCACUUACAAGAAUAUUAUUGAGCAAAGAAAUUCAAGAUUCACAGUCUGUUGGAACAUUGCUUCAAGGGAAUGAAACAGCGACAGCAUCAUUCGUUUCACCCCCUUUUGUUAAAAUGAAGACUCUGGCUACUGACAUCUCAAAGGCUGAUAUUUUAGAAGAGAAUUUACGAAGUAAGAUUAAAAAGCAAACUUACGAAGAAGCAAGAGAAUUUCAAGGUUAUGAUGAAGCAUCAGAUGAAAAGCUUAUGCUUAACCAUCAGGAUUCAGUGUCAAAACGCCAAACACAAGUAAAGAAACAAAGAACUUUCAAAAGGGAAAGACUCUCUACUCAUGAUAAAGUACCAGAUAAGAAGCUUAUGCAUGAGAAUCAAGAUUCAGUGUCAAAAAUCCAACAGCAAGUAAAGAAAGAAAGAAAUCUCAGAAGGGAAGGACACACUACUCAGUUUGAAGUACCAGAUGGAAAUCUUCUCUAUGAGGAUCAAGACUCAAUAUCAAAAACACAAAUGCAAGUAAAUACACAGAGAACAUUCAAAGCUCAUGAUCAUGUGUCAGAUGAAAAUCUUAUGUUUAAGUAUCAAGACUCAAAGUCAGAAACAGAAAUGCAUGCAGAGAAACAAAAAUCUUCUAGAGAUGAAAGUCUCAUUACUCAUCGUAAAGUACCAGAUGAAAAUCCUGUGCUUGAGCAUGGAGACUCAAUGUCAGAAACUCAACUGGAAGUAAAGAAACAAAGAUCUUCUAAAGGAGAAAGACUCAAUACUCAGGAUGAAGUACCAGAUGGAAAUCGUAUGCUUGAGCAUCAAGAUUCUGUGUCAAAAUCAGAGAUUCAAGUGAAGAAACAAAGCCCUCACAAAGGGGAAAGACAUAUUACUCAUGAUGACACACCAGACAAAAAUCCUGUGCUUAAACAUCAAGAUUCAGUGUCAAAACUUCCCAUGCAAGUACAAAAACAAAUAACUUCCAGAGGAGGACAACACAGUAGUCAUAUUGGAGUACUGGGUGAAAAUCUUACGCUUGUAAAUCAAGAUUCAGUGUCAAAACCCCAAAUGCAAGUAGAGAAACAAAUACCUUACAGAAAGGAGAUGAGUCAUACAUUUCCUCUUCAAAACGAGAAAAACGAUACGAUAACACUUGAAAAUCUACCUCCUGAGAAGAAAGGUUUUUUUUCAAGAAACCAAUCUCAAACUAAGAACCUUAGAGCUAUCAGACAGGAGAAUCUUGAUACUCAGAAAGCAGAAGACGUAUUACCCGAGGAUGAAGUUGAAUUGUCAAAAAGCCAAUCUCAAACUAAGAAACUUAGAGCUGUCACAAUGAAAGCACUAAAUAAUCAAGAUGCGAAUGAACUCUCAGAUGAGAAUUUUAUACUUGAAGAUCUAGUACUAGCUAAAGGAUACAAGGAUAAAAUUCAAACAAGUGGAGUUUAUGAGUCUCAAAAAUUGAGAGUUAAAAAUGAAGCAGCCUCAGAACAUCCAGAUACAGCAGAAAAUCUUCCAGCAGUGAAUCCAUCAGUUAAUGACCUAAUAUUUCAAUUAGGUUUAAACAAAGUGGUAGAACCCUUGAAAGAUACUGUUGGAAGACGUAUAUUAAUGGCAGAAAUGAAGAUACAACCGAAGAGUGUCCCUGACACUGAUACAGAGCGCUUCCCAGAUGCUAUUGGAAGAGGUAUAAUAAAGGGUGGAAUCAAGACACAAUCCAAGAGUCAUCCUGAGACUGAUAUACAACGCAUGAGAGAUACUGUUGGAAGAGAAAAAGCAGUUGGUGAAAUCAAGACACAUCAUCAGAGUCACCCUGAGAGUGACACAGAACGCUUCCCAAAUAUUGUUGGAAGAAGUAUUAUGAAGAGUGAAUUCAAGACACAACCCAAGAGUCGUCUUGGGACUAAUGUAAAAGGCUUGACAGAUAAAACUAGAAGAGGUGUAAUAAAGGGACAAUUCAAGAUACAAUCAAUGGAUCUCCCUGACACUGAUACAAAGCGCUUCCCAGAUGCUGUUGGAAAAGGUAUAAUAAAGGGUGAAAUCAAGACACAAUCCAAGAGUUAUCCUGAGACUGAUAUAGAACGCAUGAGAGAUACUGUUGGAAGAGAAAAAGCAGUUGGUGAAAUCAAGACAUAUCAUCAGAGUCACCCUGGUAUGAGUUUAUUUAAAAACAAAAAUGCAUUCUCAAAUCAAGAAGAUUUCUACACCAGGCACAUUGCACCAAGUAAAUAUAAAACAAAAGUGAUGAAUUUAUCACCCUUUGAUGAUGAAGGCAAGGUCAAUAGAAAGAGUCAACAUGAGGGGCAUCGAAAAAAUUUGACCUUAAACAAAAAGAAAGGUGAACUUGAUACUCUGCCUGCUCUGAUCGCUACAGCUAGAAAACCUAUCUAUAAAGACAGCAGUGAACCUGCAAGAGUGGAAAUAACACUGCCUUCAGUAGAUGCUGCUUAUUGAACAAUAAUGAGAAAGAUCCUGAAUAAACAGGGUAGACCCAGAUCAUGGACGUAGUAAAAAAAAGUACAACUUACAUGGCAAGAAGAAAUCAUCAAUUGAGUGAGCAUAAAGUAUCAGUCAAGAGAAAAUAAAUGGAGGAAUUCUUCACUAAUUACUGAUUCUCUGAAACUGUGAAAGGUCCCAGAGAACUCUUCUUUACCAUGUGGAACAAAUUUGAAGCUAAGAUAAAAGCCUUUGUUGCUGAUGUUAAGAAAGCAGCUCUCUGUUGAAGUUCCAACUUGCUUCUAUUCACUCAUGUCCCUGUAAUGGCUUCUGGUGUGGUGUAAAAGCAAUUAAAUGAAAUUUGUGCUCUGCA